AUGGAUGAGCAGGACCAGUAUGAGUCAGUUGGGUUAGAUGACUCAAUAGAGGAUGAGAGGAACCUGGAUGAGAUCAUGGCUGAUCGAAGGGCUGCAGAAGCGGAACUUCAUGCAAGGGAUGUGAGGACUGGUGCAACAGCUGAUCGAAAAUUGCCUCGUAUGCUUCAUGAUCAGGAUACAGAUGAGGAUAUUAACUUUAGGCGUCCUAAAAGGCACAGGGCUAAUUUUAGACAACCAAGUGGAGGACCAAGAACACCCAGAAGUGAUGAUGAUGGUGAUGGUCUCACUCCUAGUUCACCUGGAAGAUCUCAGCCAUAUUCUGGUGGUGAUGUGCCUAUGACUGAUCAGACUGAUGAUGAUGGAUAUGAGGAUGAAUUUGAUGAAGAAGAUGAGAUGAACAUGUAUCGUGUGCAAGGAACACUUAGAGAGUGGGUCACAAGAGAUGAAGUCAGGCGCUUCAUUGCAAAGAAAUUUAAAGAAUUUCUUCUUACAUAUGUAAACCCUAAGAAUGAACAAGGAGAGUUUGAAUAUGUCAGACUAAUUAAUGAGAUGGUUUUAGCUAACAAGUGUAGUUUGGAGAUAGACUACAAGCAAUUUAUUUAUAUACACCCAAACAUUGCCAUCUGGUUGGCUGAUGCACCUCAAUCAGUGCUGGAGGUUAUGGAGGAAGUGGGCAAAAAUGUUGUUUUUGAUCUCCACAAGAAUUACAGAAACAUCCAUCAGAAAAUAUAUGUGCGAAUCACCAACCUUCCUGUCUAUGAUCAAAUACGCAAUAUCAGGCAAAUUCAUCUGAACACAAUGAUUCGAAUCGGGGGUGUUGUUACUCGAAGGUCAGGUGUGUUCCCUCAGCUGCAGCAGGUCAAGUAUGACUGUAGCAAAUGUGGAACUGUCCUGGGUCCUUUCUUCCAGAACUCUUACACUGAAGUAAGGGUUGGGUCUUGCCCUGAAUGCCAAUCCAAAGGUCCAUUUACUGUCAACGUUGAGCAAGAGGUUACAGGGAUAUACACAAACAAUUUCGACCUGUCUUUAAAUACAAAGAAUGGUUUCCCAGUUUUUGCCACAGUGGUGGAGGCAAACUAUGUAUCAAAGAAGCAGGAUCUGUUCUCUGCAUACAAAUUAACAGAUGAGGACAAGGCUGAGAUUGAGAAGUUGUCGAAGGAUCCUCGUAUCAGUGAAAGGAUUGUCAAAUCAAUUGCACCAUCCAUUUAUGGUCAUGAAGAUAUCAAGACUGCCAUUGCACUAGCUAUGUUUGGCGGGCAAGAAAAGAACGUGAAGGGAAAGCAUCGCCUAAGAGGUGAUAUUAACUGUCUCCUCUUGGGUGACCCAGGCACUGCGAAAUCCCAAUUUCUCAAGUAUGUUGAGAAAACAGGACACAGGGCUGUAUACACAACUGGGAAAGGAGCUUCUGCUGUUGGACUCACAGCAGCAGUUCACAAGGAUCCAGUAACACGGGAGUGGACCCUUGAGGGAGGUGCACUGGUUCUUGCUGAUAGAGGCAUAUGCCUUAUUGAUGAAUUUGAUAAGAUGAAUGAUCAAGAUAGGGUAAGUAUUCAUGAAGCCAUGGAGCAACAAAGUAUCAGCAUAUCAAAGGCAGGGAUCGUCACAUCCCUUCAAGCUCGAUGCAGUGUUAUUGCUGCAGCAAACCCAGUUGGAGGAAGAUAUGAUUCUUCGAAGACAUUCACUCAAAAUGUUGAACUAACAGAUCCAAUCAUUUCACGUUUUGAUGUCCUCUGUGUUGUUAAGGAUAUUGUUGACCCAUUUACGGAUGAAAUGCUUGCAAGGUUUGUUGUAGAUAGCCAUGCCAGAUCUCAGCCCAAGGGUGGUAAUCUUGAAGAUAGAGUUGUAGCUGAUGAGGAGGAUGAUCCAUUGACUGUUGCCCGGAAUGCUGACCCAGAUAUCCUUUCUCAAGACAUGCUGAAGAAGUAUAUCACAUAUGCUAAGUUGAAUGUAUUCCCCAAAAUACAUGAUGCUGACCUUGACAAGAUCAGCCAUGUCUAUGCUGAACUUCGACGUGAAUCAUCUCACGGUCAAGGAGUCCCCAUUGCAGUAAGGCAUAUCGAAUCAAUCAUUCGAAUGUCUGAGGCACAUGCAAAGAUGCAUCUGCGAAGCUAUGUGUCUCAGGAAGAUGUGGACAUGGCCAUUCGUGUGCUGCUUGACUCGUUCAUCUCAACCCAGAAAUUUGGUGUCCAGAAAGCACUUCAGAAGAAUUUCCGGAAGUACAUGACGUACAAGAAGGAUUACAAUGAACUGCUUCUGCUCCUUCUGCGCACCCUGGUCAAGGAGGCGCUGCACUUUGAAGAAAUCGUGUCUGGAUCAACCACACGCCUGACUCACGUUGAGGUUAAAGUGGAUGACCUGAAGAACAAGGCCCAAGAAUAUGAGAUCUACGACCUGAGGCCGUUCUUCUCCAGCUCUCACUUCAGUGACAACAGCUUUGUCCUCGAUGAAGGGCGUGGGAUCAUCAGGCAUCCAGUUGCGGCAUAA